AUGGGUGAAGCUCAGUCGGACAAUGGGAAGACAUCACCGGAAAGUUCAGGUAUUGAGAAACCAACUGAGCCUUUUUCUUUUAAACAGGUUCUUGCAAAUGAGACAACUUUGAGCGAGCAGCAAAUGGCGGAGGAGAUAGAUCUGGUCUCAGAAGACGAAGAGGAUGGUGAUGAUGAUAUUGAUAAAAACUGCCCAAUAAUCAGGCUUACAAGGGAGGAGAAGGUGAGGCUGAGAAGUAAGUGGAAGCAAACGCUCAUUGUGAAAGUAAUGGGGAGAAAUGUGGGCUAUGUAUAUCUGCUCAAGAGACUGACAGCGUUGUGGAGGCCAAAGGCGAGAAUGGAGUUGGUUACAAUUGACAAUGGAUAUUAUUUGGCGAAGUUUGCGUCUGUGGAAGACUACGAAUUCGCAAAGUACGGAGGACCAUGGAUGGUUUUGGACCACUACCUCAUUGUCAAAGAAUGGGUGCCAAACUUCGACCCCUUCACUGAAAAAACGGAGAGCAUGAUUGUCUGGAUCCGUUUUCCUUGUCUGCCGGCGGAAUAUUUUGAUCAUAAAUUUCUGAUGCGCGUAGGAUCAAAGAUUGGCCGCCCGAUCAAUAUCGAUACCGCCACAAGCUUAGUCUCAAGGGCUAGCUUUGCCAGGGUUUGUGUGGAGGUUGAUAUCACAAAGCCGUUGUUGGCUAAGUUCACGCUGAAGAACAGAGUUCGUCCGAUAGUCUACGAAGGAUUGCACCUCAUCUGUUUCAAGUGUGGAAUGUAUGGUCAUAACGCGGAUGGUUGCCGGUUGAAUCACGAUGAGGAGAAUACGCAGGAGGAGAACAGUGAGGGCGGUCACCGAUCGGAAAUCAACGCCGGCGCUGGUAACGGUCAUAUUACUGGCGGAAAUGGUAGGAACAAUGCACAUAAGGAAGCUAGCAUAAUUAGACCGGAAAUCUUGGAGGAUUAUGGCAGUUGGAUGAUAGCGAUGAAACCAAAAAGGAAUUAUAAUCGAAACCAAGGGAAUAAUAACCAGAUUGGAAAAGAUAGCGGAAAGAAGGGGCAGCAAGGGAGUGGAAAAGGAAAUAAUUCCAGCGCACAAUCGGGGUCGAGAUUUGCGAGCCUUGCUAAUGCCGAAGGAGAAAAGGAAGUGGAGGUUUUAGGGAACGAUCAAAAUAUGGCCAAUAACAGAGGCCAAGGAACGAGAAAAACAAGCCCAACAAAAGGGAAGAGACCGACAACCCAAGUAUCUGAGAAACAAAUUGAAGGAAAUAAUUUGCAUGGCCAACAUAGACGACCGUACGAAGUAGGGGAGUCCAGCGCAAGGAGGAACACUAACCAACGAACCUCAGUGCCACGUAAUAACCAAGCUGGUGCUGCCAGUGAACAUACAUUAGUUAUGGGAGAUAAAGAGGGUCCUAAGACAACACAAGUGUUUGAAGCCGAGAAUUAUUUCAACGCAGAAGAAAUGGGGGGUUCGAAAUCUCUCUCCGAGCACCAUAGUGAUCCGUCGGAUGGUGAACAGAGUAACGCCCUAGGGGGGCAGAAUGGCAAAGGUGAGGCAGCAGUGGCUUCCGGUGCGGAGGCUAUGGAGCUGGAGGCUUGA